AUGGGUAGCAGCAAAGACCCUACCUUCGUCUUGUCCCCCGUGACAGACGCUUCAGUCGUGGAAAAACACCUCACGUCGCUACGGGAGCUCCUCCAGCAUUGCAUCAACGAUGAGCCGGACACUUCAUCGCUCGGAUUCCUCGCGCCGCUGACAGACCACACGGCAAUCAGCUACUGGCUUGAACUCCUGCCUUUAGUCAUUGGACCUGGCGCAACGACGACGCUGCUCAUAGCGACGGCUCCCGGCAGCGACAAGGUCGUUGCGACGGUGCAGCUCGCCAGGAUGGCCAAGGAGACGCAUUCUUACAAGGGCGAAAUCAGGAAGCUGAUGGUGCAUCCCGACUUUCGACGGCACGGCCUGGGGCGACGGAUGAUGGACGAGAUUGAAAGGGUUGCGAAGGAGGAGUUUGGGUUGGAGUUGUUGCUGCUGGAUACUUCGAAGGAGACGCCGGCGAGGCAGUUUUACUUGAGGACUGGGUGGACGGAAUGGGGGAUCUGCCCUGAUUAUGCAAAGUCGUCGAGCGGACACAAGCAUGACUGUUGUUUCUUUGUCAAGAGCCUAGUAUAG